AAAGAAAAACGGCAAACCCUAGAAAAGCCUCAACGGCCAUUCCUCAUGUCUGGCCUUUUUCCUGCCUACCGCUCGCUCCUUCCCUCUCUCCCUCCCUCUGUGUUUCGUGGAGACAAUGAAGACUAGUCAAAACUUCCUUCCCUGCGUGAAUUCGUUCGAGGGGAAGUAGGUUUCUCAAAUGGGUUGCUUUCUUGUUUGCUUUGGUUCUACAAAAGAUGGGAGGAAACAACGAAAACAGAGCCAGAACAAGUUUCAUCCCCAUGAUAAUGUAAGAACUGUAGAUUACAAACCUGUGCAAUCUGCUAUCUCUUCGAUACAGGGCACCUCCGAAAAUCCCAGCAUCAAACAGAUUUCACAAGUUCGGGAUGAGUCUGAAAAGGAGUUGAGCUUUAGGGCCAGAAAGAAAGUAACAUUUGACUCCAAUGUCAAGACCCAUGAACAUGUUACCUGCGGAGAAGCUCUGGACCUUUUAUUGCAAAAAAAACCAAGCCAAUCUAAGUCCUCUUUAGAAGAUAGUUUGAUCACAUCAAGCUCGGGAUCUUAUCCUCCAAAUUAUCGAUACCAGAAUUGCAGGGACAGCGAUGACGAGUAUGAAGAACUAGACUGUGAGGAUACUGAUCUUGACGAUGAUGAUGGUGGACUAGAGGAUGAUGGUUUAUAUGCAGAUGAUGAUGAAGGAAUUGUAAGAUCUAGGAAAACAAUUUCUGUGGCUCAUGUGUUUACUGAGGAGGCUGAUAGCACUAAGCCAAUAUGUGCUUUGCCUGAUGGGGAAAUGAAGCCAAUUGGGUCUAACCAGUAUGCUCGAGAUAGGAGUGCUUAUGUUCAUCCUGUUCUGAACCCAGUAGAAAAUCUUACUCAGUGGAAAGCUGUUAAAGCUAAAGGGGAUCCACAACUGAAGCCUCAGAAAGAGAAUUUUGUCUCAGAUAGAGAAACCCAGGUUUUGUCGGCUUCAGAGCCAAGUUUUAAUGGAUUAUCAUUCAGUUUUAAGUCAGAAACUGAUCAAUCUAAGAAGUUAAACAAGGAAAUAGCAGUUGAUGCUAGCCUUUCCAACUGGUUGGUUCCAUCUGAGAGUCCUGUCAAUAAGACUAGCAGAAACAAUCCUAGUAUUAUUUCGCCUGAGAAAAGCAUGUCACAAGGAUCAAGCUCAUCGAGGUGCCAAGAGGAUAGACCUAUUUUAGGAGCAUUAACUGUCGAAGAGCUUAAACAGUUUUCAGCUUCUUCUGCACCAAGGAAGUCUCCGAGUCGAAGCCCUGAUGAGAUUCCCAUAAUAGGCACUGUUGGGACCUACUGGAGUCGGGCUGUUCCUGCUAAGGAUUUUGGCUCUGCCUCGUCUCUUCCUUCAAAGAAAUACCAAACACGACCAGCAAGUAUGUAUAGCUACAUGUGAAGUAAGGCUUUUGGGAGUUUUGCAUUAGUUGUCAGUGUGUUAUGAUUAAAUUUAUGGGUAUUUAAAAUAUGAUUGGACAGAACUUUGAAUAGGGGCAUUGCUGAAUCUUACUCUUCUUGUAAUCCAGGCGUAUGUGAGACGAACUUGUGACCUUGUCUUCGAGUGUUGUUCUUUAGCAAAAAUGUUUUUCAAGGUCAAUUGGCCGUGUGACAUUUGUUUGCCGUUGUAAUUUCUUGGCGUUUGUUAAUGCAAUUCAAUUAAUUCUUUUGU